AGACCUAGCUUCAAGAUGAUGUUCAGAGGAGGAAAGCAGUACUGUAAGUUUUACUUACAAGGUCACUGCAAAAACGGUGCAAAAUGUGCUUUUGAACACGAACGGCCUAAGUGUCACUUCUACAGUAAAGGGAUGUGUUUCCGUGGUAACCUGUGUUACUUUGUCCACGCUGAGCCUGAACAUACUGAUGCUGCGCUGAUGAUAACAAAGAUAGAUGAGAUAGGGGCACUACCCUUCAAGUCCCCCCCCACCUGUGUGCCAGACCAAUCUAACACGUGAUGGCUUAGUCAGGAAACUGAGAGGCAUCCAGAAGAGAGCUGGUACGGUGGAGGACUACUAUGAGCGAUUCAAUGAGGUAUUGGAAGAAUUUUACCUGUACGAGAUAACAAGAGACGAUAUGAUCGAAGUGCUCCAGAUACUAUGUGAAGACGAUGAGGUCACCAACGUGUACAAAUUUACCAUUACAACCAUAUUUGAAAACUGGUGCAUUUCCUGCCGACAUUGGGCCGACUUCUUCCUAGCACUCCUGAUGGGAGAUAAAACUGAGUUGACAGACGAACAAAUGCUUGAUGCUGUCAAGAACUUUGAUUCAGAACAAAGUCUGGUGAUGAUCGGAACACUGAUUGUAGGUUUAUUGACUCUAGAAAAGCAGGAGCUAGCACUGGCACUGCUUCUACGUCAAUCUGAUGGCAAGGAUUUCUCGGUGUACCUCAAGAUCCUUGCAGCGUAUCUUCAACCUAGUGUUAUAGCGUCUUUUCUGCGAACACACAUUCAGCAGUACAACGUUCAAGAAGACGAAUUCUGCAGAUGCCCUACGUACGUGUGCCGCUGUCCCACUAAAGUAGACCCUGGUCGAACAGCUGACAUGGUGGACACCAUACAAGAAGUGGUGGCUUGGACCGACUUCGAAAAACGGGACUUUAUCAAGACCAUGUGCCACGGUCUGUUCAAGCGUCCCGACAUCCAAGAAAUAGCUGACAUAGUGAGAUUUGAGAACGACAUGGUCAGAGCUGAAGCAGUUUGCGACACCUUGGCUAAACCAAUGUCUGAUGUGGAGAAACAGCAUCUUCGUCGUGUCUUCCACCGAGCUUUCGGUGUCCAUCCUAGAGCUAUAAACUACCACCUAUCUCAAACUGACCCGCUGAGAAGACGCCAGACGAUAUUGAAACUUGGCAUAGACCCAAACGAGAUUCUGAGUGCCGGAGAGGUCUGGAGUGGCAUCUACAAACCCUUAGAGAUAGAAAAUAAGGAGAACAAGAUGAACGUAGAGGCGCUGGAGAAUGAUAAGUGUCAGUCGCCCUAUAUAAACUGUAGGAACAGACCUAAAGAUGUAUGUGACCGCGGUUUAUGUCGGAGAUGCUGUGUCGACUUUGGUAAAAAGAUGGGGACAGAUUGUUACGGACACAUGUUGUUCUUCACAGAGGGUGAUUUUAGCGAUUCAGAGCAGGAUAACUCAGUUAACAAGAGACGAGAGCUAGGAAUGGUGCCCAAAAUAAACUUCCCCUACUUUAAACCUCGUGUCAGUUUGUACGGUGAACCCAAUCUUGACGAGGCUAUACGCAGCAAAUGCAGGUAUCAGAGAAUAGAUUGCGACCCUAGCUUCCACAUCCAAGAUGACCAACUCAUUAAACUUGUCAAGAAGUUUAGCACUGAUGUAAGAUGUCUUUCUAUUGGGAGCAAAGAAACAAAGGCAGGGUUGGAGCUGACAAAAGAAAGUCUUCAAGAACUUAGCAAAUGUAGAAAUCUACACAAGCUGUCUUUGGAAUGCUGUGUUAAUGUUGACGAUGACACGUUUAAGAGAAUACUGGAGGGAUGUCCUAAACUUAAGUAUUUAGAGGGAAUGUAA